AUGGGAAAACAUUGGUUUAUCUUCCAUAUUAUGGUUACACUGGGGUUGUGUAUAAUCCUUUUGUCUAAAGUCUGUUUGGGUGGUGUUUUGUAUAUUGGCAAGGUCUCACCCGGUUUUGAAGGUUCUCAAAUGAAUUGGAUUGACAGAAAUGGCCAGUUCCUCGUGUCAAACAAGGGAGAAUUUGCCUUUGGCUUUAUCACCACCGCAAAUAACACCACCAAGUUUCUAUUAGGGGUGUUCCACGUGGCUAGUUCCACGGUGGUUUGGACUGCAAAUAGAGCAUUUCCUGUUUCCAAUUCUGAUAAAUUUGUGUUUGAUGAUAAGGGUAAUGCUUUCUUACAGAAAGAUGGAACUGUGGUGUGGUCUACAAAUACAAGUGGCAAGGGAGUUUCUUCAAUGGAAUUGCAGGACACUGGAAAUUUGGUUUUGCUUGGGAAUGAUAAUAGUACAGUGAUUUGGCAGAGUUUCAGCCAUCCAACAGAUACCUUGUUGCCAACACAGGACUUCACGGAGGGAAUGAAACUCACAAGUGAACCUAGCCAAAACAACUUGACCUAUGUUCUUGAGGUCAAAUCUGGCAAUGUCAUUCUCUCCGCUGGUUUCCCAACUCCACAACCUUAUUGGACUAUGCAGAAGGAUAACCGCAAAACCAUUAAUAAAGAUGGUGAUGCGGUCGCUUCAGCAACCCUUAGUGCAAAUUCCUGGAGGUUCUAUGAUAAUAAAAACAAAUCGUUGUUAUGGCAAUUCAUUUUCUCUGACGAUGCAGGUACAAAUGCCACUUGGGUUGCUGUUUUGGGAAGUGAUGGCUUCAUCACUUUCUCUAAUCUCGACAAUGGAGGUUCAAAUGUGGCUUCUCCAACGAGAAUACCACAAGAUGCUUGCAGCACACCAGAACCUUGUGAUCCAUAUAACGUAUGCACUGGCAAUCAGAAGUGUAGCUGCCCUUCUGUUCUUCCCAGUUGCAAUCCGGGUUUUGUCUCUAUUUGUGAUAAUAACUCAGAAAACUCUAUAGAGUUCAUUAAAGCUGAUGAUGGACUCAAUUACUUUGCGCUUGAAUUCCUUCAACCCUUUUCGAAAACCGAUUUGGCUGGUUGCCAAACUUCUUGCCGUGGAAACUGUUCAUGCCUUGCUAUGUUCUUCCAGACAAGUUCAGGGAGCUGUUUCUUGUUGGACAGUGUAGGAAGCUUUGAGAAAUCUGAUACGGAUUCAGUUUAUGUUUCUUACAUUAAGGUCUCGAGUGAUAGAAGUGCUGGCAGUGGGGGUAGUGGAAGUGGCAGUAAGCACACCACAGUUGUUGUGGUCAUUGUGCUAGUAACAUUCUUUGUCAUCUCUUUUCUGCUCUAUGCAGGACUUAGGUACUGCAGAAAAAAACCAAAGUUGCCUGAGUCUCCUCGAGAGAAUUCAGAAGAGGACAAUUUCUUAGAGAACUUAACUGGUAUGCCAAUCCGUUACAGCUACAAAGAUCUUGAAACAGCAACUAAUAACUUCUCAGUGAAGCUAGGACAAGGGGGUUUCGGGUCAGUUUAUAAAGGAGUUCUACCAGAUGGGACUCAACUAGCAGUGAAGAAGCUUGAAGGUAUUGGUCAAGGGAAGAAAGAGUUCAGAGCUGAAGUCAGCAUCAUUGGCAGCAUUCAUCACCUCCAUUUGGUUAGGCUCAGAGGAUUCUGUUCUGAUGGAACUCAUAGGCUUCUUGCUUAUGAUUAUAUGGCCAAUGGCUCUUUGGAUAAAUGGAUAUUCAAGAAAAACAAAGGAGAAUUUCUGUUGGAUUGGGAUACUAGGUUUAAUAUAGCUCUUGGAACAGCAAAAGGACUCGCUUAUCUGCAUGAAGAUUGUGACUCAAAAAUUGUUCAUUGUGACAUCAAGCCAGAAAAUGUGCUUCUGGAUGAUCAUUUCAUGGCAAAAGUUUCAGAUUUUGGUCUGGCUAAGCUAAUGAAUAGAGAACAAAGUCAUGUUUUUACAACACUGAGGGGCACAAGGGGGUAUCUUGCACCGGAGUGGAUAACAAACUAUGCUAUAUCAGAGAAAAGUGAUGUUUAUAGCUAUGGGAUGGUGUUGCUAGAGAUCAUUGGGGGAAGGAAAAAUUAUGAUCCGAGUGAAACUACAGAGAAGUCCCAUUUCCCAAAUUAUGCUUUUAAGAUGAUGGAAGAAGGGAAGCUGAAAGAUAUUCUUGAUUCAGAGUUGAAAAUAAAUGAUCGUGAUGAUAGGGUUCAUUGUGCUAUCAAAGUUGCAUUGUGGUGCAUACAAGAAGACAUGUCUUUGAGGCCUUCAAUGACCAAAGUUGCACAAAUGCUGGAGGGUCUUUGCACUGUUCCUAAGCCACCAACAAGUUACCCCUUGAAUUCUCGCCUUUACUCCACUGUAUUCAGAACCUCCAGUGAAGGGGCCACUUCUUCAGGCCCAUCAGACUGUAAUAGUGAUGCUAAUCUCUCUGCGGUUCGUCUUUCAGGACCAAGAUAA